CCCUUCUUGAAAAUUCGGUUUCUCCUCGAUUUUGAAAUUCAAAUCGAUCCCAUCGGAUUCCCCUAAGAUUCCAAAUGGCACAGAUCAGUGAGUACCAAGCCCCUAUGAUUGUUGAUGAUGACGAAAAAUCCCACGAUGGGUCGGAUCACUCCGACGACUCAAGCUCCUCCUCCUCCUCCUCUGAUCCUUACAAGGUUUUCAGCGAUAUGAGUUUGCUUAGAUUAGAAGAAGAUAAAGAUGAUACGGUGUACGAGAUAACGAAGAAGAUGUUCUCUGUUGGCAUGAAUUCAGCCGGAGUAGACGCCGAGGUGGUUGCGAUUCACAAGAAUAUGCAUUCAGGAUGUACAAGGCGGACCAGGCGUGACGUGUUUCUGAUUUAUCAGAGGACGGUGGCUCAGAAAUGUGGCGGUAACGCCAAUAUUGCCCACGGUUGGUACGGCGGCUCCAAGGAGGAGAUUUGUGAUAUUGUGUUGCAUGGGUUUAGCGGCGGCAGGGAGCCCGGGUUUCACGGGGUUCAGUUGUUUGCUAAUAAGUUUUCUUUUGAUGGGGCAAUGUGUUCAGAGCCUGAUGAGAAUGGGCUGAGGCAUAUGUUGAUGUGCAGGGUCAUUUUGGGGAAGAGGGAACUGGUGCUUCCUGGUUGGAGGCAAGUUAGUUCCGAGGAGUUUGAUUCUGGUGUGGACAGUCUUAUGAAUCCCAAAAAGUAUAUCAUAGGGAGCUCUCUCAUGAACUUUCACAUUAUGCCUAUGUUUGUUGUGAGCUUCAAGGCUCCUACUAACUUGAAAGAUAUUCCAAAGAACGUUCAGGCGAGUGCUGCUAUAAGACAGCCACCACCUAGGUCUACUUGGGUGAGUCUCAAUACUGUAAUGGAUGCGCUGGCCAAGGUCUUGUCACCUCCUAAAAUGGUUCUGCUUUCCAAAUCCGCUGAUGAUUUCAGGGCAAAGAAAAUUACCAGAGCUCAGAUCAUUAGAAGAAUCAGAACACUUGCGGGUGACAAAUUGAUGGUUUCGGUGGUCCAAAACUUCAAAAAGGAGCGCGAGUAGUCCAAUUCAACAGCGAUGAUGACAUAAUCAAUGGUUCUUGAGUUGUUUGAUGCUAAUUGUGAAUCUUUGUUCAACAACAGCUCAUUACUCCAGGC